GGGAGGGGAGGAGGUGUGUUUGCAGGUGGGGAGAGCAAAUGCCGAGAUGUCUCUAAGAAUAAAGGCAGUUGUUGAGAAGUUCAUACACGAGUUGAAGGAGGCAUUGGAGGCUGAUCUGCAGGACCGGGCAAUGAGAGAUCGUGAGAUGAGGAGCUAUAUAGAAGAAAGAGAGAAGGAGGUUGCAGAGCGAGAGGCUGCCUGGAAAGCAGAGCUUGCGAGGCGGGAGGCAGAGGUUGUGAAGCAGGAGCAGAGACUGAAAAUUGAGAGGGAGAACCUGGAGAAGGAGAAAAAUCUGCUGAUGGGAACGGCAUCGAAACAGGACAAUCAAGAUGGGGCUUUGGAGAUAACAGUUAGUGGGGAGCAAUAUAGGCGGCAAUGUAAGUCGGAAGAGGAGGAGGAGGAGGAGGAGGAGGAGGAAGAAGAAGAAGAAGAAGAAGAAGAAGAAGAAGAAGAAGAGAACUAUAGUUAAGCCCAUCAUAACAGCAAUAGGAAUAAGAUGAAGAAACAUCAGGAUGUGGGGGAGAGCAAUCGCUGUUCAGUGUGGUUGUGGGGUCCUUGUCUUGGAGCGAUCAAACCUCUCCUUUUGGGCUGACUGAGGUACUUAGUCUCUAGCUUUUUAGUAGAUUGUUUUUUUCAGUCUGCCUGUGGAGAAGCUCAUUCUGCACAUCCUGUGGAGCUCAGAUGGCAGAGCAUCUCUGUUAUGUAUUCGACAUGUGCACACCAGGAGACGUGUAGUCCCAGGUGUUGGGUAUAUAUUUGGAAUCAUCGGAUUGAUUUCAGAUUAGGGGAUUUAUCAAUUUUAUCCUCAGCAGUUAUGUUCUCAGGCAUAUGUUCUGGAUAGACUCAGCAUCGCAGCCUCGUUUUUUUUUCUAUCCUUGACAUUUUCCCAUUUGUUUCUCUGCAUCUCAUGUUUUGUUUCCAGCGCAGCAUAUAAGCUUUGGUUUC